AACAAAUAUUACCUAGCAAUCUAACAAAGCAAUUAUGUCCUAAAUCACAUGGCAUGCAGCCGGAAGUUGCAAUUGACCAUUGUCUCUCUUCUGCCUUUGUUGUUGAUUUUUAUGUACGCACUACAUCAGAGAUCACCCCAAUGGAUUCGAAUCUCACCGCUCCCCAUCUUCCAGUUUAUCCAUCAAACGGGUCCGGAAAGCAAGGUCAUUCACAUAGUGCAAAUGCUUCGCGGUGACUCAGCUUCCCUCAGAGCAAUAACCAUGCUUAAAAGUGCUCUGUAUUAUCAGGGUCGCUGUCGAACAGACCGUUUAGAAUGCUGCGGUAAUAUGUCUUCUAGCACUGGCUGUCAAACAAACACCACCAAUGGAAAACAAGAAGUGAUCCCUAUUCAUAUCCACCUUAUUCGAGACAAGAGUGCCAGUGUUUUGGUGGAUGCGCUCUUUAGAAGCUUGAGGAUGAAAGGCUUUGGUUAUUCCUUACACGACUUAGACAAAUACUUGCACUUGGUAAGCGGAAUCCCAAACAGACACCGCGCUGGACCUACAGCACUAUGCAAAGUGUUUAUGGAAUCUAUUCUUCCGACAUCCGUGGAGAAGGUUAUAGUAGUCGACUCUGACACUCUGUUUAAUUAUGAUAUCCACGACUUGUGGGAUCAUUUCGAAAGGUUCAACAAAUUACAGCUAAUUGCCUUGGCCUGGGAGCAGCAGAGCCGUGAUCCUGAUUGUAAGCACUUGAUAAAUGGACCGAUCCCGCCGACAGGAGUGAAUGGGGGUGUCGUUUUAAUGCAUUUGAAGAGGAUGAGAACAAAAGGAUGGAAGGAAAUGCGUAACACUGCACUUUCGAGCAUUUUGAUGGAACGUGGUAAACUCAGCCAAGGGGAGCAGGAUGUAUACAACACCUUGAUAAGGUUGUAUCCACAUGUAUAUUACCGGUUCCCAUGCGAAUGGAACACACAACUUUACUCUUCAGUGGCCGUCUCUUGUUGUCCAACCUUUUGGCCUGAUCGGCUUCCAAACGAGAAGGACUGCAUUACCCGCAUUAGUCCUGGAACCCCUGCUCAACCUAAUUUACUAAGAUUAGCCCACUUCGAUAGGGAUGGGAAACCAGAAGAAGGUAACCGGAAAACAACGUUUAAGGAAGGGAGCAAGGAGAGGAAGUUCGCUUUAAGCCAUGCCGAGUUAAUUGACAGAUUUAAGGAGAUGUAUACUCGGUUUCGCGCGGUUCCGCUGUACUGCUUCACCUAA